GAAAUCGUACGAGUGCCCGAACACCGAUCUUACGCCGACCAGCAUUUCCUGGCACAGACAGCCAGACGGAGGGAUAUAUAGGCACAAGCUGUAGGCGUGCUGGAGUCCAACAAGACCAAUGGCAGAGAUUCACCGCGCAUCGACAUUUGCGCCAGUAAACAUUGCGAUUAUCAAAUACUGGGGCAAGCGAGACACCAAACUGAACCUUCCUACCAAUGGCUCCAUCUCCGUCACUCUCUCCCAAGAUGAUCUUCGCACGCACACGACUGCAUCGACUAGCUCCGACUUCACCGAGGAUACGCUUACCCUGAACAAUGAAUCGCAGGACAUCUCCGGCGCGCGAACACAGGCAUGUCUGCGAGAGCUGCGUGCGCUCAGAAAGGAAGUGGAGAAUCAAGAUCCGAGCCUGCCCAACUUGAGUGAUCUGAAGCUCAAGAUUGUCAGUGAGAACAACUUCCCCACUGCGGCGGGUCUUGCAAGCUCUGCUGCAGGCUUUGCGGCGCUUGUCCGUGCCAUCGCAAACCUCUACCAACUUCCUACCAGCCCGACAGACCUGUCCAGGAUCGCUAGACAAGGCUCGGGCAGCGCAUGCAGAAGCUUGAUGGGUGGUUACGUGGCAUGGCAGAAGGGCGAAGAGAAAGAUGGCAGCGAUAGCGUGGCAUAUGAGGUGUCGUCCGCAUCACACUGGCCUGAAAUGAGAGCUCUUAUCCUGGUUGCCUCCGCAGACAAGAAGGACGUGAGCUCAACAGCAGGCAUGCAACAAACCGUAGCAACCUCGGCCCUUUUCGAGCAUCGCUAUACUGAGGUGGUGCCGAAACGGAUGAAGGCUAUGGAGAAGGCCAUCCACAAUCGCGACUUUGAAAGCUUUGCCAUUUUGACGAUGAAGGACUCUAACAAUUUCCACGCCUGCUGUCUUGAUACCCAACCGCCCAUCUUCUACCUGAACGACACCAGCAGAGCCGCGAUCCGGAUGUGCGAAUAUAUCAACAGCCUUCACCCGGAUGACAAGCCAUAUUGUGCCUAUACAUUCGAUGCAGGCCCGAACGCUGUGGUAUAUUACCUGACAGAGCACGAGGAUAUCGUUGCUGGAGCAUUCAAAUCCAUUCUGGACGGCAAGACUGGCUGGGAAGGACCACGCGGCCAACACGUGAAGCCACACCCAGGUGUCGAAGGUAUUGAUCUUGUAGCAGAAAAGCUGCAGGCUGGCAUUUCGAGAGUCAUCCUGACAUCGGUCAGCGAUGGUCCGAGGAAGACCAACGAGCAUCUCUGUUAGAGACGAGCAGGCUUUUCUUUUUCUUUUCGGCUUGUAAAGGACAUCAUGAAGCAUUCGACAGUACUUGGAAUAUGCAUUGUUGAGAUACCAGAUACCACUAUCGUUAGCUUUGAAUGCAUUGGACAGCGUCGUCGAGGCUGCCGCGAGGGAGACCG